AUGUCUUCCCACAAUGCUCCAACAAACGGACGUGCCAAUCAACCCAAAAAGAGAAACCCGAUCCCUUACCCAAGAGGUGGCCGACACAUUGGAGACAGCUUUUUUAUGCACUCCCAUGCACAACCCACAACCACCAAUGCAGCUGCUCCAACAACGGGAAUUCAUCCAUUAGCAGCUGUGCAUCACAAACGAACCGGCUCGGCUGAAUAUGACAAUGGCGCACCAAGUCUACACUAUCCAACAGCAACGGAUGCAAGUCAAAUGUCAGGUUAUUCGCAUCCAAAGGACAAGAAAAAGACUUUAUUUCGGUUUGGAAAGAAAAAAGCGCCACCGAAUGCUUCUUCAUCCUCUGCUUUACAAUCCAAUGCAUCAUCAGUAUCACUCAGCAGCCAUCAUCCAUACAAGCAAGGAACGGAGUAUGAAAAUCGACAUCCACAUCCGCUCGAUGCUUUAGGAAUUGAUGACCCAGGUCGAAGAAGCCCUUAUGGUACUCAGACUGUACGCAAAAAGUCAUCAGGCUCCUAUACAUCACGAAAGGGAAAAGAUCGGGAAAGAUCGGAUGGUGGCAGUAGUAUCAUUCAAUCCAAUAGUGGGUCACGUGGAAAGAACAACUUUGAUUUAUACAUUGACCAAGACUUUGCUUCUAUGGAAGGCAUCGUUAAUCCAUCAUAUCAAGGCAUGCAGCAUCCAUAUCGAAAGAACAUGUAUCCAUUGCCACAGAAUCAGGAUCCAAAUGAGCAUUGGGAGGCACCGGAUAGUUGGGGAGUACAACAACCAGGAGGACCACCAUCUCAGGAACCACACCUCUUUGAUAAUGAAGCGACCGAAUAUGAUGAUUACUCAGCCAUGGAACCACGCAAUUAUGAUGUCCAAAGGAAGAAUUAUUGUAUUCGAAUAUUCCGCACCGAUGGCACAUUUACGACCUUGCAACUACCGCUUGAUAUUACCACUGCCGACAUCGUUCAAAGAUUGGCCGCAAAGUUCUUUAUGCAUGAUCAGAGCAAACUUUGUUUGACGCUCAAACGUCAUAAUCUAGAGCGUGUUUUACAACUAUCUGAAAGGCCAUUGCAGAUCCAAAAGACGUUGUUUGAGUACAUGGGAUAUUCCGAGCAAGACAAUAUUGCAGAUGUUGGCAGAGAAGACAACUCGUAUCUUCUACGAUUCAUAUUUGGACCCAACGUACCGCACACCAUUCCUGAAGAUGUGGAUUACAGUGAACAGCAGCAUAUCGAUUUACAGGCACGCAAUCUUCCAGCUAUACCAGUAUCAUUGUACAAAUACGCAUCACGAAUCGUUUCAUUGGAUCUAUCGAAAAACCUGCAAAUGGAUAUCCCUGUCGACUUUAUUCAUAAUUGUCGACACCUUAAGCAACUUUGGCUGGCCAACAAUGAUUAUGUCACCAUUCCACAAUCCAUACAUUAUGUGCGUGACCUUGAACAUCUCAACAUUUCCGGCAAUCGAUUACGAGACUUACAGCAUGCUCGAUUGGAAGAGAUCACGGGAUUAAAGACACUACGCGUAUACAACAAUUGUUUAUCUCAAAUACCACGCUCAUUUGGAACAUUCAAGCAAUUAUCGAUGCUCUUCAUGUCCAACAAUGAUUUCACCACAUUUCCAGAAGCCAUUUGUGAUAUUGUCAGCCUUCAAUUUCUUGAUAUCAGCUUCAACAAAGUACAAGAAUUCCCUGAUGAGAUCGGCAAUCUUGUCAACCUUACACGACUCUUUGCAAUCGCCAAUCGAUUAUCUGGUAGUCUUCCACAGAGCUUUGCCAAAUUGGAGAAGCUGCAGGAAUUGGAUAUUCGGCAAAAUCAUAUCAACAACUUUGAUGUCCUUUGUGGUUUACCCAAGUUGGAAAUCCUCUUUGCUGAUUAUAAUGCCGUGAGCAUUGUGGCAUGCCGAUUCAAGAGUUUACGACAGCUCAAGAUGACCAAGAACCAAUUGACUCAAUUCAACAUCAUUGGGGAUACUGCUCGACGCCCUUCGAUGGAUCACACCAUGACACCAUUAUCACAGCCAAUCAGCACCGAUCAGCAAUGCACCAUGUUGACCGAUUUGAAUAUCUCGAGUUGUAUGCUCUCAUCAUUGCCUGAAGAUCUCUUUUACGGGAUGCCCAAUGUGGAAAAGUUGAUCCUCGACAAUAACACCUUGAGCUUUAUUCCUUCGAGUAUUGGUGCAUUACGCAAAUUGGUAGAACUCUCAGUGCAGGACAACAUUCUUGACAGCCUACCAGCCGAGAUUUCAAAGUUGAGCGAGCUCAAGGUGCUGGAUGCACAAAAGAACAAUCUCAAGUUUUUGCCACCCGAGAUAUGGUUAUGCCCAUCCUUGCAUGAACUCAAUUGCUCUUCCAAUCUGCUGGAGACGUUUCCAAAACCAUUCACAGCAUCCGGUGUAGCAUUGCAUCUUCCUAUGGCAUCACAAGGCGAGGGUUCCAUGGUUCCUAAUGCAACAUUGGAAAACGUCCUACCUAAACCCUUGGGUGGACAUGCUGGACAAGGCGUUGUACCAGGUCGUGGUGGUGGUGGUGGCGGUGGUGGAUCCAAAGACAAUAGUGGUGUUACUCGAGGAGGAGGAGGUGGUGGUGGUGACACAAGUAUUAUGCAACAAGAAAAUGCAGGCCCUGCAGCUGGUAUGCAGUCCUCACCCAACUUCAAUCCUCCUUCUUUCUUUGCAAGUCCACAUAACCACCCACCUCCUCUUUCGCUGUCAUUACGCAAGCUAUUCCUCGGUGAUAAUCGCCUUGGCAACGAGAUUUGGGCUCCUCUCAUGAUGUUUUUGGAGUUGCGUACUUUGAAUCUUUCUUUCAAUGAUUUGGAUGAAAUCCCACCUGAACAUCUUUGCCAUCAACACCUUUACGAGUUAUAUCUUUCGGGAAAUCAUCUCACCUCCUUGCCGGCAGACGACAUUGAAAAGUUGAGCUACCUACGUGUAUUGGCUGUCAAUGGAAACAAGCUUCAGACGCUUCCUGCUGAGAUUGGCAAGUUACGCAAGUUGUUGGUCCUCGAUGUGGGAAGCAAUGUUUUAAAGUACAAUAUUGCCAAUUGGCCGUAUGAUUGGAAUUGGAACUGGAAUCUUAGCCUCAAGUUUUUGAAUCUAUCAGGAAACAAACGUCUAGCGAUCAAAAAAACCCAUCCAGAGCUUCAUGGUCCCAAGGAAAAGGAUUUGGCAGAUUUUGGUGCAUUGACUCGAUUAAGGAUGCUGGGUUUGAUGGACCUUACGAUUCUUGGAGUGGUGACACCUGAAGAAACCCAAGAUCGACGUGUGCGUACAUCCCUUUCAGAGGUGAACAAUAUGGCCUAUGGUGUUGCUGAUUGGCUGGGAUCCAAUGAGCAUCUGAGUACUUGGGAUUUGGUCAUGCCACGAUUUCGUAACAGCGACGAUGAAUGCGUCUUUGGCUUGUUUGAUGGUCGAAAGAGCUCAAGAACGGGUUGCAAGCUUACAAAGUACUUGAAUGAUCAGCUCACAACGCAUUUGGAAACGGAGCUGCGAAAGUUGAAGAAUGAUGAUACCGUUGUCAGUGCUAUGCGUCGUGCGUUUUUGUCUUUGGAAAAAGGACUUGGUACUGAACUCAUGGAUGAAAAGGAUGCUGGUGCAUCUGCCGUGGUGUGCUACGUGGCUGGUACCAAGUUGUAUGUGGCGAAUGUCGGUGAUGCUAUGGCGGUGAUAUCUCGUAACAAUGGACAAGCAUUCGAGAUUACGCAUAAGCACAUUUCUCUCAAUCCAAGUGAGAUCUCUCGUAUCCGUGCUGCUGGCGGCUAUGUUUCCCACACUGGCAAACUGAACAAUGAGCUCAAGGUCUCAAGAGGAUUUGGUUAUUUUGAUUUGAUCCCCGUUGUUAACGCCAACCCCUACGUCGCCACCAUUGAACUCACCGAAAAUGACGAAUUUGUCAUUAUGGCAUCACCAGGCUUAUGGGAACGGAUGAGCUAUCAAACAGCCGUGGAUGUCGCACGCACUGAAAAGGACGACCUUAUGGCAGCAGCCCAAAAGCUACGCGAUUUUGCUAUCACCUAUGGUGCUGAACGUGAUCUUAUGGUGAUGGUGAUUGGUGUUGGUGACUUGUUUGACAAGCGUGAUAAGCGAGGUCGUAUCAUGCGUGGCCUUGGUCGUGGUGGAACAGGCGUGGAUACUGCAGGCAUUCUUUUGGAUGAUGUACCAUUGGCUCCUACUGGUAUGCUCACUGGCAAACUCAAACGUCGUGGCAAAGAAGAAGGUCCAGGUGAUUCGACAUUGGCUCGUUUGGAUCGUGAGGUGCCUCCACCCAUCAAUCAGGUCGCUUUGGUGUUUACGGAUAUCAAGAGCUCUACAUUGUUAUGGGAAACACAGCCUGAAAACAUGCGAUCGGCCAUCAAGAUACAUGAUGCAGUCAUGCGGAGAACUUUGCGAAGUGUGGGUGGCUAUGAAGUUAAGACCGAAGGCGAUGCAUUUAUGGUAUGCUUUCAAAACAUCACUGCUGCCUUGCUAUGGUGCUUCACUGUACAAUUACAACUACUCGAAGCGGAUUGGCCGGCUGGUAUCUUAUCCAGUGAAGAAUGUCGUGAAAUUGAAAAGGAUUCGGUUACCAUUUAUCGAGGUUUAUCGGUACGCAUGGGCAUUCAUUGGGGUACACCCGUAUUUGAACGCAACCCAAUCACCAGCCGUAUGGAUUAUUUUGGCCCUGUGGUGAACAAAGCAAGUCGUAUCUGUAAUGCUGCUGAUGGUGGGCAAAUUUGUGUCUCUUCGGAUGUGGUGGCAGCGCUACGCAACUUCCCUGGUGUAUUGGAUGACGAUACGCUUGGCUUGGAUGACAAGGCCAUGUCGACAGGCAACUAUCUUAUCAACCGUGACAUCCAACAAUUGAAACGCUUGGGAUUUAGAGUGAUGGAAUUGGGCAUGCGUCGUCUUAAAGGCUUGGAAACACCUGAGAUGCUCAGCUUCGUUUAUCCAAAGCAACUUGAAGGUCGUAUGGAACGGGAUCAAUUGCAAGAACCUCCUGCUGUGCCAUCUCCUGCCAGUGUACCUGUUAUCAACAGCCCAUCACCAUCACCCCAUUUGAAUCCAGAGACACGUAGCAUUUCGCCUCAUACGGACAUCCAAGAGCGAGCCUCUUCUGAUAUGGGUCAACCUGGUCUAAACAAAAAGGGAACAAAUGCGAUUCGUGUUAUUGAUCCUACGCUUGUUCAUUCGCUAUGCACGCUUGCUCUUCGAUUGGAAAACUUGACAACAGAACAACUCUUUGGCCAACCAUCAAACAAGCAACUCGUCAAAGCCAAUCCAAUGUCGAAAGCUGCAACAGGCAAAAUUCAACGUUUACUUGAGAGACAUAUCAUGAAUGAUGCCACGGAUGAGGAGCUUGUUACACUUAUGGAGAACUUUGUUGCUCGUUUGGAGAAUGCUGUAUCUGCACUUUAUUUACAAAAGGUUGGACACUUUGCCAAUGUAUUGGAGAAGCUUGGUGAAGCAAUCGAUCUUGAUUCUAUGCACAUUUUGCGUGCUUUACAAAUGUAUUCUGAAGUUGCUCGGUUGACUGAAACGCCCGCUGGUCUGGCUUCUUCCUUCCGGUAA